UAUAGGGUUUUAAUCAUCAGGAUUGUGACCUGUACGAUGCCAUAUUUAGGUGUAUUUAUGUGGUCGUGUAAAAUUUCCUUAACAAUGUAAUUAGGUGUAUUUAUUUGUUAUGACCUGUACGAUGACAUAUUUAUGGUUAAUGGUUAGCAUCUUUCAUAAUUGUCUUGUUAUGAUUCUAUAAUUCUUCUUUAUGGACUACGGUGGCACUUCGGAGACAUCGGAUAACUCUCCUCUAUGCUAAUGAAAGUUGACACAACAUAAAUUUAAAUUUUUGUUCCCGUCUCAACGCGGAGCGCUAGUAAGAAAACUAGUUAUAUAUAAAACCACUAUUACACAAUCACUGCUAACAAAAAUCACUACUAACUACAAUUAAAAAAAAAAUCCUUCUCACUGGGCACCCAAAAGACUCCAACCACCACAUCCUUCACCGUACUGAUCUCCGCCACUACCAUACAUCCUACCCUGGCUUGGAUCUGGAACUCGAGAUCUUGGAUCUGAAAUCCAAACAACACCGCCGCUUCCCCCCAUCCACUUCCGCUAAAGGAGGACUUUGGAUCUAGAACUCAAGAGCCGACGUCAGGAUUCAGAUCCAUACUCGGACUUGAUUCGUUGCCGCCUCUACAGUGGUACCGCCUACAUCGACCUACGACGCUUCAUCGGAGGCUUGAGAUCGAGGAGAUACAUACACAAACUCAGGAUGGUCUCCAACUCCCGCCGUGUAACACCAUCUCGUCUGCGAUUGAUGGUGGUGAGGCCGACGGAGUUGAUAGCGAAGCAGGCGAGGGCAGCGCAUUGCUGGUUGCGACGCACAGAGAGGCAGAGAGGAAUGGGAGAGUCUUUGAGAUGUGGGAGAGAGGAGAUGCAGUCAAUAUAAAAAAAAUUAUAUUUAUAUUAGGGUUUGAGAGGGUAUUGACUGAACUAACCUCCAAAUAAAUCUACCCAUAGAAUUAAUUUUUCAUCUAAUGGCUUUUAGGCUAGUUAGGAUGGUGCUAACUCCUCCAGAACUUAGCAACUAAUCCCAUUCCCAUCUCCUCCGGGAUGAAAAUUCAGUUGCUGAGGCCAUUGCUGAACUGGGACACUCCUGCCGAGCUGGGGAAAGGCUUUCACCAAACCCGCCACCACGUCGGAGGCUUCUUUGAUGGUAGUCGAUUCAACGCAAGUUCAUUUGAAGUGGGGCGGGUGACACUAGGAAAGCUCCACUGGUUAAUUGGAAUCUUUGCAUGGCCUCAAUUGAUGAUCAUGGCGGUCUUGGAAUUACUGAUCUCACUUGAUUUAAUCAAGAAAUGCUUGGUAAAUGGCCUUGGUGGUUUUCCCCCGAGAGAGAUAGCCGGUGGCGAUCAGUCAUCGAUGUCAAAUACCUCAAUGCUCUCUCUUCUUGGCAAACCGACGAAUGUUCCAGUGGAUUUUGUAGUUUAGUAUGGGCUAACAUCUCGAAAGCCUACACUGAGUUUUGGAAGAUUGCCAAAUUUGACCCUGAGAGUGGAGCUUGGAUCUCUUUCUGGUACGAUCGAUGGAUUCCCAACAUUACAUUGGCUGACUCAUUUCCUCGCAUCGAUGUUGCCACAACUAGACCUGCUGCCUGUGUUUCGUACUUUAUAACCCGCUAUGGUGAGAAUAUUUCUUGGGAUAUUCCUUUAUCUUUUAAUUUGAGAGGAGACUAAGAGGGAAAGGAUCAGUCUUCUUUAUCUCUUGAGUACUGUUGGCACUAACAGGGUGAGUAGCGGGCCUAGUCGAAUGGUCUGGCCUCCCUAAACAGACAACACCUUUUCUGUUAACUCCAUGUACAUGUUUCUUGCCUACGAUCUAUUUUCAGGUCUUCCACACUUCCCCGCCGCGUAUGUUUGGAGAAAGGUCGUUACCACCAAGAUUUGCGCUUUCAUUUGGUUGGUUUCGCACAACAAAAUCAUCACUCUCGACAACCUAAAAAGGUGUGGAUGGUCGCUUGCCAAUCGAUGCAAAUUGUGUUGCAAAUUAAAAGAGAGGAAAGUGUUGGUCAUCUUUUCAUCGAUUGUAUCUUCAGCAAGGAAAUUUGGGGUAGGAUGAAGCAUGUCUAUGGAGAGUUCGAACUGCCUAGUGGAGACGUUCUUUCCACCAUUGCUAGAUGGAACAACGAAACACCUAAUGAUAUCAACGAAUGCUUCAUUUAUUGUGUUCUACAUUCUUUUUAGUGGUUUACAUGGAUUGAACAAAACCAACAUAUCUUCUGCAACGCAUAGUGCUCCGCUGCUGUGGUCACUAGAAAGGCAUAAAGAUCUUGACUGAGUGGACUGUUACUCGUAACAAAGUCCGAAAGGAAUAAGGCUGUCGGUGGCUUUCUGAGAGAUUGUCUGCUUUAUGGGGCUUUUAACUUUGAGGGAUGACUAAGUUGCUUUAUUUUUUAUGUCGUGGAGGAUCUGGCUUCUCUUUUCUCUUGUGAUGUUUGGGGAUUCUCCCGGGAUUUGUCUUCUGUGUUGUUGGUCUCUGGGCGGAAGUAGUGUGAUCCGCUUGGCCCUCUCCUGGCUUUACUGAUUGUGUUGAAGGCUUUUUGCUUGUGUUUUUGUGCAGGGGAGGCCUAAUCUUCCUAGCACUUUUGUUACUUGUGGUGUUAGUUUUUUUUGUUUUUGUUUUUGCUUGUGACUGUGUUUCCGUGUUUCUUACCAAGAUCAAUCUUUUUGAUCGUUGGUUUCUAUACGAUUGUUGUUUUCUUUGUCUUCUUAAUAUAUUUUCACCAUUAUCCAAAAAAAACAUAUUGUCAACUGCAAUUGUCGGAGAAUUAAGACUCUCAAGUCUGAAGUGGAAAUUUGUUUGAACCGGACUAAUUGAGUCAAACCCAUUUUGGGUUUAAUCGAUCAAAAUGGUUUAAGGUUGUACUGGCCAAAUCAAAUAUCUUAAUCUACAAAGGGAUAAAGACUGACUCUUCAU